UAGGGUUAUCUGUCAGAAGGGUUGGUGACAAAGUGGUACCGCUCUCCACGACUGCUCCUGUCCCCCAACAACUACACAAAAGCCAUCGAUAUGUGGGCAGCUGGCUGCAUCCUAGCUGAGAUGCUCACGGGGAAGAUGCUCUUCGCUGGGGCUCACGAGCUGGAGCAGAUGCAGCUCAUCCUAGAGACCAUCCCUGUGGUCCGGGAGGAAGACAAGGAGGAGCUGCUCAGGGUGAUGCCGUCCUUUGUCAACAGCACCUGGGAGGUGAAGAGGCCACUGCGCAAGCUGCUCCCUGAUGUCAACAGCGAAGCCAUUGACUUUCUUGAAAAGAUCCUGACCUUUAACCCCAUGGACCGCUUAACUGCAGAGAUGGGGUUGCAGCACCCCUACAUGAGUCCUUACUCGUUCCCCGAGGAUGAGCCCACCUCACAACACCCCUUCCGCAUUGAAGACGAGAUCGAUGACAUCGUGUUGAUGGCUGCCAGUCAGAGCCAGCUCUCCAACUGGGACAGGUAUCCUGUGAGCCUGUCAUCAGAUCUGGAGUGGCGACCAGACCGGUGCCAGGAUGCUAGCGAGGUGCAGCGUGACCCACGGGCUGGCUCUGCACCGCUGGCUGAGGACGUUCAGGUGGACCCACGCAAGGACUCGCAAAGCAGCUCCGAGCGCUUCCUGGAGCAGUCACACUCGUGGAUGGAGCGCGCCUUCGAGGCCGACUAUGGGCGCUCCUGCGACUACAAGGUGGGGUCCCCAUCCUACCUAGAUAAGCUGCUGUGGCGUGACAACAAGCCCCACCACUACUCAGAACCCAAGCUCAUCCUGGACCUGUCACAUUGGAAGCAGGCAGCCGGCACGCCCCCCAUGGCUGCCGUAGCUGCAGACCCGGUGUCACGUGAGGAUGAGCCUACCAGCCUCUUCCUAGAGAUCGCUCAGUGGGUCAAGAGCACGCAAAGUGGCCCCGAGCGUGCCAGUCCUCCCCCUGAUGCCCCAGAGCACCACCUCUCUGCCUCGCCCCCGGGACACCCAACACCCAUCGAUGGGGGUGCUAGUCCCCAGUUCGACUUAGAUGUGUUCAUCUCGCGUGCUCUAAAGCUCUGCACCAAACCCGAGGACCUACCGGAAAACAAACUGGGUGACCUGAACGGUUCGUGCAUCUCUGAGCACCCUGGCGACCUCGUCCAGACAGAGGCCUUCUCCAAAGAAAGGUGGUGAGCACAGAAGGGGCGCGGGAGAACUUCCGGAGCAAGAUGGCACCCAGAAAGCUGGACCACUCCCUUGCUACCCUAGCACUUCCUUCAGCCUCUCUGCUACAUUGGGGUUAGCAGAACACACGAGGAUCCUGGGAGCUAGAGGAAUGUCCAUUUCUUAAACUGCCUUAAUAACUAGCCUUUAACCUCUGGGAGCCGGUUCGAACAGAGCCUGGCUGGGAGCUAUCACUUUUCCCAUUGAAAGGGAGGCCUGUGCUUUGUAAGUGACAGUGUGCAGGGAAGACAGGGAUGUCCGACCGCAGUCUACAACCCGACCAGGGCCGAGGGGGCAGAAGCAGCUUGCAGACAAUUGUUUCCAAGCCAUGUGACCCACCUAGUCUCAAAUGGACAUUUGGGCCCAGAGAAGCCAUUGUCUGACUUAGGACCACAGGCCUAGUGAAUGUCAGGGUGAAGUCUGAAUCCCAGGCUUCUGUCCCCUGGACCAGUGUCUGACCACAGUAUAAUGUCUUCCUCUGCUGGGGUCACUCUGGCUUUUUGGUCAGCAAACUUGGUCCCGAGUGCUUCUUGCUGUCCCUUACCAUCGGUCCCAUCCAUUCCUUUAAUUUAGAACAAUGCUUCCUGUAUUCUGAAACUGGAAACAGAACCAGUUUCUUUCUCCUAGCCACCAGACAUAUUUUUAUGACUCCUCAAGUGCUUAAAUGUCCUCACCUGCCGCAUUCCCUGUAUUUGCCCAAACUCAGCACAGUGUGUAGUUGUUGCUAGAGAUCAGAGCAGUUCUGGGUCGCUGGUGAGUUUACUCAUCUCCCAGGCCCAAACUCCUCCAGCAUGCCCUAUGCACUUUCCUGACUCAACAUAGCCCAGCCCUCACUCAGCAGUGGGUGUCACACAUGGGUGAGUUUGAAGAUGGCUAUUCCAAGAAUCCCUCUUCUCCAAGCCCUCAGCAUCCCACCCACCCCACCCACAUACACACAGCUCCUCUCCAAACCUACUUCAGAACCAAAUGUUCCUGGCACAGAUUGCUCAUUUUUGGAAAAGCAACAAGGUGCUUUCCACAGAAACAAAUGAGUUAGGAGAGAAAGUUCCACUGAGGGCCCAUCAUCCUUCAUUAAUGCUGCUCUUGAUGCUGAGCAUCCAUUUAGUGCUAGCCAAGCAAGAGUAGGCCCCAAAGGAAUGGCUGGAGAGCUAGUAACCUUGUGGGCAAGAAACAUAGAAAGAUAAGCUAAGUGUUUAAAGAGGGGUACCAGCCUCAAGGGUCCUGGAGAGGCAGCUAUCAACUGGAGAACCCAUGACAAAGAAUUCAAAGUAACCAUGCCCUCAUAAGCUUAAGUUAAGAUGAACCUGGAGUCCAAAGCCCUCUACAGAAGCAUAGGGUGUGGGUGGACGCCAACAGUCCCCAGCCUGUCCCUGAGUACUCGGCCGCUGGUUUCUAUCCACCCCCCCCCCCCCCCCCCCCUGCCAAUAUCCAAAGAUACCCACAGGAAGCCUAGCUGGUCUGUUGAGAGAUCUCUUUGGAAUGUGUUUGUCCUCACAUCGCAGCACCUUAAAUCUAGCUAUGAUUUGUAUAUCGAAACCUAUGGGGCAUUAGAGACUUAUAUUUUAAAACAGAAGUAACCACACUGACCAGUUUAAAAUGGAAAAUA